CCUCUCCUCUGUCUUCUUUUUUUUUUUUUAAUAAACAACAUGGAGAGAUAGAGAGAAAAGAACUGAGGGAGAUUCAGCUUCCCUUUGUGUAGGAGGCUGUGCCCGGAUCCGACAUUUUCGGGCUUCACCCCACCCAUCAAAUUCGCCUCUCUUCCUCUCCGUUAGGGUUUCUUCUGGUUCUGGUUUUGUUUCUGCAACGACGACGAGGACAAGAUCCUUCCUUUUUUUUUUCAGACACAAAAAAGGGACUUCCCUUUUUCAUGUCCCUUUUUUCCAAGGACCGCCGAAAGUAAAUUGUAGAGAUGGGUGCAUGUGUUUCAACCCAUUCAAGAAGAAUUCGGCCUCAUAGGAAGGGUCGUCAUAGAUCUUCCAAAAAGUUAUCUAAGGUUUCCGAUGUUGCCCCUCAUUCAAACAUGAGAAGGCCCAGUGAUGCUGGGAGCCGUGUAUCUUUUGCAGUUUCCCAAGAAGAUGCAUGGUUUGACUCUGUCAGUAUUCUUGAUUCCGAUUCAGAUGAUGACUUUAUCAGCCUACAUGAAGCUGAUAAUGUUGUCUCAUCGGGUAACCACCCGAAUGGACAAGUAGUUCAGUAUGAAGCCUCUUCAUGCAUUGUGGAUGGGAAGGGAAAGUACGAAGAGUACCAUGAGACUUACUUGAAGAUCGAUGGUUCCAAAACCGACAAGUUUAUGAGCAAAGGUGUAAAUAAGGAACCUAAUGGUUUGUCUGUUAUCACUGGAAACAACAAGAAGAAACUAUUGGACCAAUCUUAUGGAAGCUUCAAAGGUUUAAAGGAACAAAAACGAAACUCUCAAGAAAAAACCCUGAGAUCCAGCUUGAGCCGGUUGAUGCCCUCUGUUAGUUUCAACGACAAGACUGUAAACUCUCCCACUUCUCAGAAAAGAAGGUCGGCUGUUUACCGGCUUUCUUUUAAGAGGAGAUCAUGUGAUGGAGAGGAAGUUACUGAGCAUCGGUCAUCUAAGAGAUUACUGUACCGCCCGAAAGCUGGACUCGUGAUUCCUUGUUCAGCGAGAGAGAAACAGUCUCGGGGAAGUUGGUGUGAGCUUCCACCUUCGACUUUUAAACUCCGUGGAGAAUCCUAUUUUAAAGACAAGCGGAAGUCCCCUGCCCCGAACCACUGUCCUUACACUCCGAUAGGCGUUGACUUGUUCGUCUGUCCGAGGAAGGUCGAUCAUAUAGCCCAACACCUCGAGCUCCCCAACAUCAAAGGCGAGACAAAGCUCCUCCCUUCUCUUCUAAUCGUCAACAUCCAGUUGCCAACGUAUCCUGCGGCAAUGUUCCUCGGGGAUAGCGACGGAGAAGGAAUGAGCCUCGUGCUUUACUUCAAACUACACGACAAUUUUGAAAACGACGUCUCUCAGCAAUUCCAAGACAUCAUCAAGAAACUGAUCGAUGAUGAGAUGGAAAAGGUGAAAGGGUUUGCAAAAGACAACACGGUAGCCUUCCGUGAAAGGCUCAAGAUCGUAGCCGGGCUGGUUAAUCCGGAGGAUCUCAAUCUAGGCUCGACCGAGAAGAAGCUUGUACAGGCUUACAACGAGAAACCCGUCCUUUCUCGCCCUCAACACAACUUCUUCAAGGGUCCUAACUACUUCGAGAUUGAUUUGGAUGUUCAUCGGUUCAGUUACAUAUCACGAAAAGGGCUUGAAGCAUUCAGAGACCGACUGAAAAAUGGAGUUCUCGAUCUCGCUUUGACCAUCCAGGCGCAAAAACCAGAAGAACUGCCGGAACAAGUUCUGUGUUGUCUGAGGCUGAGCAAGAUCGAUUUCGUUGACCACGGUCAAAUCCCGACGCUGUUAACCCCAGACGACGGAGAAGGUCUCAUGUAAAAGUACAACCUACCAUUAUUGUAUUCUCAACAAAUAUCUCUAAACCCAAAAAAAAAAAUCCAGACUUUCAAAUCAAAUCCUGAGACAAGAACAAGAAAAAGCUUGGCCUCAUUUGUUGUUCAUGAAAUGCCCCCCCUUGUAUUUUCUCUGCAAAUUGGUAAUAAUGUGUUCUUCUUAGAAUUACCA